AUGUCAGGGGAAAAAAUUUUUAUUGAGAAAUUUGGCAAGAAGUACUACUGUCUUCGACAAAGAAAUACGAUACAAUGUUGCCAAUCCCCCUGCAAAAAUAAAAAAAGUGAUCCUCUGAACGACAGUAGUAAAUCUGAAAAUUGCAAUAGAAAAAAAGGAACACCAAAYAAUGAGAAAAUUGUAAAACUCCAUCAGUUGGAUGUUGAAGAAAAUGAGCUCUACAAAUCUGUAGACAAAUUGGAGAAUAUGGUGUCUUUUAAGUUGUCUAAUAUUAAACGAUUCAAGCCACCAGCUAACAAAAAAGCAUAUUUUGAAACAAAAUUACACGAAUUUACAAGAAUUAAUGAAUUAGCCGUGCGUAUUUUAGAUGAAAUACAAUACUCGACUGAUGUGAUCUAUGAUUUAAAAAUGGUACAAAUCAUAUUUAAUCAUAAUCUCUCACAACUUCAAUUCAUUGAGGAUGAACAAAAAUAUAUAUCGGAAAGGAUGAAGAAGAUAAAAUUGAGUUGUAUAAAUAGAUUUUUAAAAUUUGUAUCAUGUCCUUGCUGUUCGUAA